AUGACUGACAUCAAUCUCUCUGGAAUAAAGAACAUUGUUCUAGUGCUCUCUGGCAAAGGAGGUGUAGGCAAAUCUUCUGUCACUACACAGCUUGCGCUUGGCCUCGUCCACCAAGGCAAAAAGGUAGGUGUGCUCGAUAUCGAUCUGACGGGGCCCAGUAUUCCUCGCAUGUUGGGAUUAGACGGCAAGAAAGUACACCAAGCUUCUCAAGGUUGGGUGCCUGUGUAUGCUGAUGAAAACCAACGCUUGUCAUGUAUGUCCAUUGGAUUUUUAUUGACAAACAAGAAUGACUCUGUCGUUUGGAGAGGCCCUAAAAAAAAUGCCAUGAUCAAACAGUUCUUACAAGACGUAUAUUGGGGAGAAUUGGAUUAUUUGUUGAUUGAUACACCACCAGGCACUUCAGAUGAACACAUUGGCAUUGUAGAAUAUCUAAAGGAAUUUAACCCUGACGGCGCUGUCAUUGUCACUACGCCUCAAGGUGUUGCCAUUGCUGAUGUACGUAAAGAAGUCUCAUUUUGUAAAAAGGUGAAGUUGCCAAUCUUGGGUGUUGUGGAGAAUAUGAGUGGAUUUGUGUGUCCUCACUGUGCGGAAUGCACCAAUAUUUUCUCUUCUGGCGGUGGUGAAUCCAUGGCAAAGGACUACGAUAUCGAUUUCUUUGGCAGAGUGCCUAUUGAUCCUGGAUUUACCAGCAUGGUGGAAACAGAGGGCAGUGGGUCAUACGUCAAAAUGUUUGAAAAGUCAAAUUUAUUCCCUGUUUUCCAACAGAUUUGCGAUAAAGUAACUGAAAAAGUAGAGUCUAAUAAAUAG